AUGGGUAAUCGAAGUGAUAGAAACCAAACUUUGCCCGAUUAUGAUAUAAAUGUUUUAAGUCAACAAACUCAAAUACCACCACAUGUUCUUCAACAAAUUUAUGAAGCAUUUAUGGAACGAGCUGGAAAUAACGGACGUAUGACAGUAAGUGAUUUCAAAAAAACCUAUAUAGAAAUAAAUCCAAAUGCGAAUUAUUUCACUCUUGAUAGUGAUGCAGAACGAAUCUUCAUGCUAUUUGAUACGGAUCGUAAUGGUGUUUUGACAUUCAAUGAGUUUCUGAUGGCAUAUAUUCUGUUACAACGAGGUGGUGAUAGCGCAACAAGUCGUUGGCAAUAUGCAAUGAACUCUAUGCCUAUUAGUGCUUUUUCUAGACCUGGUCUAUUGAAUUCUGCUGAAGCACUUCUACUCCUUCAAUAUAUGAACCAAUUUUAUCAAUUACCGGAUGUUGAUCCAGUUAUGCUACAUAAUAUUAUUUGGACUCAAUUAGCACUUCAAUUAGAUCCUAGCGGUUAUAUACCACAAGCGGAAUAUCUUCGUGUGUUAUCGAUUCAACCUCAAAUUCAACCACACAUUUGGUGA